UCACAUAGAAAGGAAGAGAAGAGAAGAGAAGAGAAGAGAAAGAUACACUCUUUUAUUGAUCAUGAAGAAGUUGCCCCUCCUUCCACUCAUCUUCGUCUUCCUCCUCCGAAGCCUGAAACCGGCCUUUUCCCUUUCCCCCGACGGCCUCUCCCUUCUCUCAUUGAAAUCCGCCGUCGACCAAUCUUCGGGCCAGUCCUCCUUCGCCGACUGGAACGAGGACGAUGCCACGCCCUGUAAUUGGUCCGGCAUUUCCUGCAAGAACGUAUCAGGGUCUUCUGACCCACGUGUCGUAGGAAUUGCCGUUUCCGGGAAGAAUCUCCGAGGGUAUAUUCCGUCGGAGCUUGGGAAUUUAAUCUAUCUCAGAAGGUUAAAUCUUCACAACAACGACUUCUACGGUUCCAUACCGGACCAACUGUUCAACGCCACAUCACUUCACAGCAUGUUCCUGUAUGGUAACAAUCUGUCCGGUCCGCUGCCUCCUUCGAUCUGCAAGCUUCCGAAGUUGCAAAACCUCGACCUCUCCAACAAUUCGCUGUCGGGCUCUUUGCCUGAGAAUCUCAAGAACUGCAAGCAGCUGCAGAGGUUGAUUUUGGCUCAAAACAAAUUCUCCGGCAAAAUUCCCGUCGGAAUUUGGCCGGAGUUGGACAACUUGAUUCAGCUCGACCUUUCGUCGAACGAAUUCAACGGACCGAUCCCUAGUACCGUCGGAGAACUAAACUCAUUGUCGGGAACUCUCAAUUUAUCCUACAAUCACUUAUCCGGUAAUCUCCCGAAAAGCUUGGGCGACUUACCGGUAACCGUCAGUUUCGAUCUCCGGCACAACAAUUUAAGCGGGGAAAUACCCGAAACGGGAUCGUUUGCAAAUCAAGGACCAACAGCAUUUCUAAGCAAUCCUCUUUUAUGCGGGUUUCCUCUUCAAAAAACCUGCAAAAAUUCCGGCACAAGUUCUCCAGGGACUCAAAAUUCGGGUCCCAAUUCCGGUGAAACCCAGAAGAAAGGGCUCACUCCCGCCUUAAUCAUAUUAAUAUCGGCGGCUGAUGCCGCUGGUGUGGCGUUGAUCGGAUUGGUUAUUGUUUAUAUUUACUGGAAAAACAAAGAUUCUUCAAACGGCUGUAGUUGCACUGGGAAAGCCAAGUUCGGCGAUAACGGCAAAGGGAGACUCUGUUCCGUUUGUUCAUUUCAGUGCAUCAAUGGGUUUCGAAACGAUGACUCGGAAUUCGAAGACAACGAGAAAGGGGAUAAAGCCGGAAAAGCGGAAGGUGAGUUGGUGGCCAUUGAUAAAGGAUUUAGUUUCGAGUUGGACGAGUUGCUUAGAGCGUCGGCUUAUGUGUUGGGUAAGAGUGGGCUUGGGAUAGUUUACAAAGUGAUGCUCGGAAAUGGGAUUCCGGUGGCUGUUCGGCGAUUGGGCGGCGAAGGUGGAGAGAAGAGGUAUAAGGAGUUUGUGGCGGAAGUUCAGGCGAUCGGGAAAGUGAAGCAUCCGAAUGUUGUGAAGUUGAGAGCUUACUAUUGGGCUCCUGACGAAAAGCUUCUCAUUAGUGAUUUCAUCUCCAAUGGCAACUUGGCUAAUGCCAUGAAAGGCAGAAAUGGUCAACCAUCAACGAGUCUCUCAUGGUCAAUAAGGCUAAAAAUUGCAAAGGGAGCAGCCCGUGGUUUGGCCUAUCUCCAUGAAUGCAGUCCUAGAAAAUUUGUUCAUGGAGACGUCAAGCCGUCGAACAUCCUCCUAGACAACGAAUUCCAGCCUUACGUCUCCGAUUUUGGCCUCAACAGGCUCAUUUCCAUCGCUGGAAACAACUCCGAUUCUUCAUCCGGAGGCUUCAUUGGUGGACUCCCUUACAAAUCGAUCCAGACGGAACGGACCAACAGUUAUCGAGCGCCGGAAGCUCGAGUCCCCGGCAACCGAGCGGCUCAAAAAUGGGACGUCUAUUCGUUCGGAGUGGUCUUACUUGAGAUGUUAACCGGGAAGCCUCCGGAUCUAUCACCGACUACCUCGACUUCCAUCGAAGUCCCGGACCUCGUAAGGUGGGUGAAGAAAGGUUUCGAAGAAGAAAAGUUGUUGUCGGACAUGGUUGAUCCCAUGCUAUUACAAGAAGUGCAUGCCAAGAAAGAAGUGCUGGCUGUUUUUCACGUUGCUCUGGCGUGCACCGAAGCAGACCCUGAGAUUCGACCUAGGAUGAAAACUGUUUCCGAGAAUCUUGAAAGAAUUGGGACAUAAUUAAGAACACAUGAUUAUUGUCCGGGAAGAAGGGAAAGAACAUGGUCCAUCGUGUAGGAAGUUGAAAGAUUUUACUGAUUUUUGCAAAGGGGGCUGUCCCCUUUUUUCUCCAUGCUAAAAUCUUGC